AUGACUUCUCAAGAGAACCCCAAUGCUCCUCCGGCGGCUGCAACCGAUGCGGUUCUCGUCGUGUCUGAGGAGAUGCCCGAGGGCACUCAGAAGGUAGAAGAGCUGGAUUUUGAUGAAAUCCAAGGCCCGAUCACUGCCGAUAGUCUUUUCAACGGCAUGAGGUACAUGGGCUUCCAGGCCUCGUCCCUUGGAGAAUCCAUUCGGAUCAUCAACGACAUGAGGGCGUGGAGAGACCCAGAGACAGGGGAGAAGACUACCAUCUUCCUCGGCUAUACAUCAAAUAUGAUCUCCUCUGGCAUGAGGGGUGUUUUCAGAUGGCUUGUCAAGCACAAGCAUGUAUCUGCCAUCGUAACCACGGCCGGAGGUGUCGAAGAAGACUUUAUCAAGUGUCUCGGUGACACUUACAUGUCUUCUUUCAGUGCCCCGGGUGCAGACUUACGCAAGAAGGGCCAGAACAGAAUCGGCAACCUUGUCGUCCCCAACUCAAAUUAUCGAGCCUUUGAGGAUUGGGUGGUGCCCAUUUUCGACAAGAUGCUCGAGGAACAGGAAGCCAGCAAGGGCACCGAUGACGAAAUCAAUUGGACGCCUUCCAAAAUGAUUCACCGUCUAGGCAAGGAGAUUAAUGACGAGCGCUCGGUCUACUACUGGGCCUGGAAGAACGAUAUUCCCGUUUUCUGCCCAGCGCUCACGGAUGGAAGCUUGGGAGACAUGCUCUAUUUCCAUACCUUCAAAGCCUCGCCGAGGCAGCUCAAGUGCGACAUUGUCGAGGACAUUCGUCGCAUCAAUACCAUCUCUGUACGUGCAAAGCGGGCAGGUAUGAUUAUCCUCGGCGGCGGUGUGGUAAAGCACCAUAUUGCGAAUGCCUGUUUGAUGCGCAACGGCGCAGAGUCCGCUGUGUAUAUCAACACCGGCCAGGAGUUCGAUGGUAGCGAUGCAGGGGCUCGGCCGGACGAGGCUGUUUCUUGGGGCAAGAUCAAGGUUGGCGCAGAUGCCGUCAAGGUUUAUGCAGAUGCCACCCUGGUUUUCCCUUUUAUUGUGGCAAAUACAUUUGCCAAGGACCGUUCAUAG